AUGAGAAACCCAGACCUAGUUAUCAUUGCCCUGGUGCUCAGCUGUGUAAUAGAUGGUACAGUCCACAGCCAGGUAACCUGCCGCAGAGCCACAUCUCGUGAAUGGCACACUCAGCCAAAGAACAUCAGCGUGAGGUGGACCCUCAUGGAGAACACCUGCAGCAGCUUGACCCAGUGCUGGAGUAGACAAACAGAAACAAAUGGACACUUGUGGGCAACUGGGCCAUAUCACUUUCCUCAGCUUUGCCCAUUGGAAUUUCAGCUUGGAGAUGUGAUGUUUGUUUCUGCUGACAGAAAGCUGGAACAAUAUGGUAUCCACCUAAUUAUUGUGUCCAAAGAGGAGUUUGAAAACUGCUUGAUUUUAGAGCCAAGAAAGGAGCAGUUGGUGUUUGCCAACAAUAUUAAUGGUACUUUACAAGUGGAAAAGAAAUGGCUGAAGACCGGUAUGAAUUUCUUCACUGUUGCUCAUAGAGGCAGUAGUCAUCUAUGUAGGCUUGGCCUACGCAUUGCACUUCUGGUAAAGCCUCAGCACUGCCAGAGCUCACCUCUUCUUCGCCUGUGUUCGGGAAAUGGUGAAUGCAGAACUACAUUUAAAGACGAUUCAUUCAGCUGUCAGUGCCACAAACACUUUUCAGGAAGUUAUUGCGAGAACAUUGAUGGAUGCUAUGAGCAGCCAUGCUUAAAUGGAGGCGCCUGCCUGAGCAAGAGAACAGCCUACACAGAUCUGCCACCUUACGAAUGUCUUUGCUCCUCUCCGUUCACAGGUGUCAACUGCUCUGAGAUCACUGGCCAUCAAAAUUGCAGUAAAAGGUGCAAAGAUGGAGCUUGUGUACAAGUCUCAUCAACUUCCUACAGAUGUGAAUGUUUCACAGGAUAUACAGGUACUUACUGUGAGCGAAAGAGGCUCCUCUGCGAUUCAAACCCAUGCUGGAAUGAUGGUCGCUGUGAGGAGACUGCUAAUGGAUAUGUUUGCACAUGCCCAGGGGGUUUCACAGGCCUCAACUGUGAGACCACCACUGAGGCUGACAGCUACUGCAAGUCUAACGGAUGUCAACUGGACGAAGCUUGUGCCACAGACAAACUUAAUUUCACAUGUACUUGCGUAGGCCCGGAAUGCCCGGAGCAGGCAGAGGUGUGUGGAGCUUUGCCCUGUCUCAACGGUGGCAUGUGUGUAGUUCAGAAUGGCCAGUAUCAUUGCAGAUGCCGACCAGGUUUUUCCGGAAAGAACUGUGAAGAAAUAAUUGACUUCUGCAAGCUGCUCAAUAUUAACUGCCUGAAUGAGGGAUUGUGUCUCAGCCUAGUUGGAGGAUAUAAUUGUCUCUGUGCACCAGGAUGGACGGGGGAGUUUUGUCAGUACUUGGAUAACGCAUGCUUAGCCUAUCCAAACAGAUGCUUGAACGGAGCUACUUGCAUCAGUAUGAGUGAGCCAACUGCACCCCCGCACUAUAUGUGCACCUGUCUCCCUGGAUACACAGGACGCUACUGUGAGGCUGAAGUAAAUGAGUGUGAUUCCAGUCCCUGUCAGCACCAGGGAACAUGCACUGACUUUGUUGGAUUCUACAAAUGUGCCUGUCCUUCAGGUAUGAGUUUCUCUUACUCCUAA